UUUGCCAGUAGAAGUGUGAACUUUUUGUUUAGGAGCGUGCGAGUAUUAUUGUUUUUAAUACGUUUGUCGUGCUAAAUUUUAUUUUAAAAAAUCUGAUUGUUGAAUAUUGCCACAAUGGAGAAAUAUUAUACUUCUGAUUUAUACUUCAUGUGUUCAUAUAAUAUUGAUUUGUUCCGGUGUUUUGUUGUGAUAAAUCCAAUUCCUGUUAUUGAUUUUCAAUAACAGUGUUAAGAUGUGGAUACCUGAUGAUGAUCCUGGCUAUCAAGAUGACUGUUCUAAGGAGCAAGGAAAUGAAAAGAUCAAGUUCCGUUCCAGUUCCCCACCAUUUGAAGGUGGUGAAUCUCUUUGUGAAUUUUACAUAGAAAGUUCUGAACACAGUGAAAAAUUGAAAGCCUUGCAAAACUCUGGAGUAUUUCCUGAAAACUGCCGAGAUGGAUUUCCAAUUUUCAAUCCAAGUAUGCAAAAUGAUGUCUUCCGUUGUUUUGGAGAAGAGAAAUUUCCAUCAAAAAAUUUUAUCUCUUUGCUCAAUCAAGAUUUACUCCCUACGAGUACAUUUACCCAGACAUUUUUACAGAGUAUUUUAUCCAGUGUUGACAGCUCGGAUCCAGUUGUUGCCAAUGCUUGGAUGGAGACACUCCUGGAUGUCAUAGACCUCCUACCUAAAGAAGUUGUGAAAGGAGAAAUAUUGACUCUUGCUGUGAAUAAAGGCCAACUCUCUCAACCUAUUUCGUCUCGCUUAUUAUGUUGUAAAAUGUUGGGGAAAAUAUGCAUGAAAUUUGACCCAUAUAUAAUAAUGAAAGAAGUCUUACCAGUUGUUUUAUCUCUGUGUCAAGAUGUUGAUUUUGAAGUGCGAGGUUUUAUGUGCAGGCAACUAGAUAUUGUUGCCAAAGGAAUAGGGCUUGAAGCUACCAAAAGUGCAAUUUUGCCUGAGCUUGUAGAAUUAGCUAAUGAUGAGGAAACUUUUGUGCGACUUGCUGGUAUAGAAACUGUUGUACAAAUGGUGCCGAUAUUAGAUGAUGAUACUUGUACCCAAGCAAUUAUUCCCUUGGUUAAGAAAUUCUGUGAAAAUUCUCUCAGUUCUAAAGAUUCAACACUACCUGUUGUUUCCAAACAGUUAGGUCGAUUAUGCCAUGGGCUGACAGAUAAUUUUACUGUAGAGCAGAAACAAUGGUUUCUUGGAUUUUUCCAAGAUUUAGCAAAAUUAGGUCUUUCUCAUCAAGAAAAAAAUUCCUCUGUCCAUUACAAUCCGAUGCCUGAUUUACUGCCAGAAGUUGAUCAUAAGGAUCGUUAUCGUGAAUGCCGAUGUGCAUGCGCUUAUAAUUUUCCUGCCAUGGUCCUGUUUUCUGGUCCUGAAAAUUUUGAAAAAGAGCUUUAUUUUACUUUUAAAGAGCUAUGUGCUGAUCCUUUUGCAAAUGUCAGACGAACUAUGGCAUGUGGGUUUUAUGAGAUUGCUAGACUGUUAGGUUCAAAGGCAUAUAUUUUGCACCCAGAACUUGUACUUCUCUUACAAGAUGAUUCAGUUGAGGUUUUGAAAGGGCUGGUUCCUUGUCUUCCGGAGUCUUUAAAAGCUGUUUGUUGCCUUUUAGAAUCACCAAUUAAUAAUGGAGAUGAUCGAGAAGAUAGUUUGGUAAAAGCUCUUAUAGCUUGUGAAGAAGCUACAUCUGUCACCAGCAGCUGGCGCCUUCAUGCCGAUUUGUUAUCUUGUCUUUCAUGUUUGCCUUCUUGUAUAUCAUCAGAAACGAUUUUUACAACAUUUGUGCCUUUACUGUUUGUAAAGCUUCAUAUAUCUCGUCCUAUUCCAUGCAGAAUUGCUGCAGCUUAUAGCUUGCUUGUGUUUUUAAGAAACACUCCUAGUCUUGAAAGAAGAAAGGGCAUUAUUAAUGAACUAAUAAGAGAGUUGUGCUAUGGAAAAAGUUGCCAUAAAAGAAUGCUUUUCAUACGAGUAUGCGAACUGGUGAUUGAACUUUUUUCUAAAGUAUUUUUUAAACUUCAUUUUUUCAAACCAUUGCUCAGCUUAUCAGUUGAUCCCGUGCCCAACAUUCGUCUCCGUUUGUGUACAAUUUUACCUAGAUUGAAAGGACUGAUAAAAUUGCCAAAAGAUAGCUUGUUACUGCAGCAACUGGAAUCCUGUGUCAAAACAUUAAUGACUGAUGAAAAAGACAAGGAUGUUUCCUUCGCUGUAAGCAAGGCUAUUGAAGAAUUGGAUAAGAUUGAAGUAGCAACAGAACCUAUAUCUAGGAGAUCUUCAUGCAUAGAAGUUGCCUUAGAUAUUAAAGAUCGAGUAAAGGAAAAUGAAGAAAGAAAACAACUUGAAAUGGAAUUCAACUCAAAAUUUGUAAAAGAAAACAAGAUUUUAAUUCCACCUGUAGUGGCAGGAAGUACAAAUAAAACAGGAAAAAUUCCAGUAAGAAAAAGUGGCACUCUUCCUAAACAGUCAAAUGCAGCCAGUAAUCAGAUGAAUUCCAAUAAAGAUGCCACACCUAGUCCAUAUAAAUCAUUAAAAAAUAUUAAAAAAGAACGCAGAAUAUCUAGUCCUGGACUGAAUGUAGAUUUUCAGAAGAAUCAGACAAAAAAUCUUCAGUUUACUAAAGAUUGUCCAGUAUCUAGCCAAAGUAUGAAAAAUUUUACCUCAUCAAAGUGCAACAUUCCAGAUUCAAGAUCUCUUAGCCCUACUAUUGGCACAUGGCCACGACAGAAACGUUUGUCUUGCAUUCCAAAGCAAUCUGACCGGUGUCCUUCUCCGAUGCUACAAACAAGACGAUUUUCAGUAAAAAAGACUACUAAAAUUGCUGUACCAAAAUCUUCAAACUGUUCUCCCUCAUCACCAGUAAAAAAUGUUUCAAAUGAGACUUCAGUAUCUGGCAAAGAUAAAACUGAAACCCAGUGCCUUUUACCAAAAGACAUUUCUUCAAAAAUUACACUGGAAUCCAACAGAAAAAUUAAUAUUACUCCUUUUCCAUCUCCAGAAGUAAUCAGAAGAUCUUCAACAUUCACUAAUUUAAAUGCAGAAAGCAAAAUUCCAACAUCUUGCACCAAGAGGAGAUCUACAAUAAGUGAAAAUUAAAAGAGAGAAAAAUUAGAAAUGUAAAUAUGUUUAUUUUCUGUGCAAAUAUAUAUCUCAGGAUUUCUAAAAAGGAACAGAGCGAGUUUCUACUGUUGGUUAAGAAGACUGAGGAUAACAGCGUGCCAAAGAUUGAGAAUUUUAUUUAAUAAGUACUUCUUUUUAUUUAAUGACUUUUAUAUAUGUUAUCAGUUUCAUUGCAGUAAUCCCUCAUCAAUUAUUCAGGCAAACAGUUGUAUUUCCUGUGCUUAAAACUGAUGGUUUUAAAUGACAGUUAAUUAAAACAAAGUGAUGUUGAUUGUGUAA